AUGUCUUCUUCCCUUGUUACUGAAACUCAAUGGAGAAUUUACCCUUACCCUUCACCAAGAGAUGUUUAUUCUAAACUAUUUAUUCCACCUUCUAACGAUAUGACUUUGAUUUAUAAUAUUAUCGAUAACAAGGAAGUGAAUGAAGAUGAGGCAGAAUUGAUUGAUGAUGUUAGUGAUGAAGAGAAAAGUUCAGAUGAAGACAAUGAUAAAGAGAAAAAGUCAGAUGAAGACAAUGAUAAAGAGGAAAAAUCAGAUGAAGACAAUGCGGAAUUGACUAAUAAUAUUAGUGAUAAGGAAGCAUCAUUUAUAAUGUCGAAAUUAGAAGAAAGAUUGGAUGAAGAUAAUAUGAAAUUGAUCUAUGAUGUUAGUGAUAAAGAG